AUGUUCGCUUCACUGAACAAACUAGUCCUCCUUUCGGGGAUCUUGUCUGUCCAGUUUCAUUCUACCACCCCACUGUAUACGCGUGAUUUGUGUGAGCGCGCAGUAGCAUUCUUCGACCCCGCGGAUGGAGGUGGGUCUAUGUUGGAUGAUGCAGGCGACGGACUGGGUGAACCUCUCAAUGUGAUCAUCUCCGGCCUAAGCUCGUCAGAUGUCCUCACCGACGACGGGUUCCUUAACUUCGCUCGUUCACUUGGCUUUUCGAAUGAAUGUUUGGACAUCCACCUUGGUGAUCCGCAGUCUGCCAAUCUGGGAGAUGGGAAUGGCUCGGUCAACCAGACGAUAGAACUGCGUAUGGAUUUUGGGAACAGUGAAGUUGGGACUUGUUUAGAAAGCCUUACUGGAGGGAAUCAUCUCAGGAUGUUCCGCCAAAAUGGACCUGCUGCGAACAGUGGCGCGCUUUUCUUAGCAGUCUCCCAAGAAGAAAAUGUUUUUGAACACCAUACGAUCUCUCCUGAUGGGUACGAUAAAGGACGAGACUCGUUGGUGUCCACUGCGACCGCAGGCCAGACAAGUUUCGAUGGCGUAACGUACUCCUCAACGUCAUCGGACAUAACUGGGUUACUCACUGCUGGUACUGCGGGGAUUAAUCACGACAUUGCAAUCGACGGAAUCGUCAAGCUUCUCACUGUGACGAUCGUCUAGACUCCCCCUUUGCCCAACAACCAGGAAAGGUAUACUUAUUUCCUCAGGAGCUUCGACGCUGUUGUCAACUUAAUGAUUUAUUUGUCUGGGCUUGCACGGAUUCUUCCUUUGCAUCGGCUUAUAUACUUGCAUUUAUUUCGCUUUUUGUUACGACCUGUGAUGACAUUUAACACUGUGUUUAUUCUUUGUACUUAU